AACUUUCCAUCGUCUCUCUCUCUCUCUCGUCUUCUGUGUCAGAGAGUCUGAAAGAAAUGGAAGACGUCAAGGUAGAAUUUAAGGUAAAGAAGAAUGAGAAUGAAGCAUUGGAAACGGGUUUGGCAGAGAGAUCAAUGUUGCUGAUGAAAGCUCCUUCUCUCGUCGCGAGUUCUCUUCAAUCUCUUCCUUUUCCUGACGAUCCGUACCGUCCUGACGCUAAAGUCAUCCUCAACGUCGAUCUUCUGGCUCCCGAGGACGAAGAGACCAAAUUCGUAAUGGAAUUAGCUCGAGCUGAAUCUGGAAACAUGCCGAGGCGUUACACCUUAGAUAUGUCUAAAGAUUUCAUCCCCAUGAAUGUUUUCUGUGAAUCUUCAGAUGGAAAGAUGUCAGUAGAAGGGAAGAUUAAGAACAAAUUUGACAUGAGGCCUCAUAACGAGAACAUCGAGAGCUAUGGGAGAUUGUGCCGUGAAAGAACAAACAAGUAUAUGGGCAAAAACAGACAGAUCCAGGUCAUUGAUAAUGCCAGAGGAAUGCAUAUGAGGCCAAUGCCAGGAAUGAUAAUCCCAACCGCCGCUCCUGAAAAGAAGAAAUUGACAAAUAGGACAUCAGAAAUGAAGAGAACAAGAAGGGACCGUAGGGAGAUGGAAGAGGUCAUGUUUAAUCUCUUUGAAAGACAAUCAAAUUGGACUCUGAGGCUACUCAUUCAGGAAACUGAUCAGCCAGAGCAAUUCCUGAAAGACUUGCUGAGAGAUCUUUGCAUAUACAACAACAAAGGGAGCAACCAAGGAACUUAUGAGCUGAAGCCUGAGUACAAGAAAGCCACACAGGAAUAGGUUUGGUCAAAAGGGUUUUCAAGUUUUGUUUUGGAUAAUCUAUUAGUUACUUUAAUUGUAACUGAUCGUCAUGGCUAUAAUAAGAAAGGAAGGUUCGUUCA